AGAAGACACAGCAAAGGAAUCAGGAAACCAAAUUUGAUGCAUUUUUUGCACCGGUAGAUCCGUGUUCGCACAAAUACAUCACAGAUAAAUUAAAUUAUAAUCUAAAUAUGUCUAAAAGACAUCGCCUGGACCUGGGUGACGACUACUCUUCCAACAAGAAGCGGUCUGACGGGAGAGACAGGGACCGUGACCGGGAUCGCGAGGACCGCUCCAGGGACAGGGAUCGAGACAGGGACCGGGACAGGGACAGAGACCGGGAGAGAGACCUAAAGCCUCCUGCACUCCCCUCCAACAGUACGACAGCUGUGUCAGGCUUGCCACCCCUCAAGCCUGUCCACCAGCAGAUCAAUCCUUUUACCAACUUGCCGCACACGCCGCGCUAUUAUGACAUCCUUAAGAAACGGUUACAACUCCCAGUGUGGGAGUACAAGGAAAGUUUCACCGAUAUCAUCACACGUCAUCAGAGCUUUGUUCUUGUAGGAGAGACGGGCUCCGGGAAAACAACACAGAUCCCCCAGUGGUGUGUGGACAUGGUGAGGGGGUUACCCGGACCCAAGCGAGCGGUAGCUUGUACUCAGCCAAGGAGAGUGGCUGCCAUGAGCGUGGCUCAGAGGGUAGCAGACGAAAUGGAUGUCAUGCUUGGUCAGGAAGUCGGAUACUCCAUUAGGUUUGAGGACUGCAGCUCUGCCAAGACUAUAUUAAAGUACAUGACAGAUGGUAUGUUAUUGAGAGAAGCUAUGAACGACCCGUUACUGGAGAGAUAUGGUGUGAUCAUUCUCGACGAGGCCCACGAGCGAACGCUUGCUACAGAUAUCUUGAUGGGAGUGCUGAAAGAAGUGGUCCGGCAAAGACCUGAUCUCAAGGUGAUCGUCAUGAGUGCCACGCUGGAUGCCGGAAAGUUCCAAGUGUAUUUUGACAGCUGCCCUCUGCUGACUAUUCCUGGGCGCACACAUCCUGUAGAAAUCUUUUACACCCCUGAGCCAGAGCGCGACUAUCUCGAGGCAGCAAUCCGCACCGUCAUCCAGAUUCAUAUGUGCGAGGAAGACGAAGGUGACUGCCUCAUGUUCCUCACAGGUCAAGAGGAAAUUGAUGAAGCCUGCAAGCGAAUCAAACGUGAGGUGGAUGACCUUGGCCCUGAGGUCGGAGACAUCAAAAUCAUUCCACUGUAUUCUACAUUGCCCCCACAGCAGCAGCAAAGGAUCUUUGAGCCGCCUCCUCCAAGGAAGGCCAAUGGUGCAAUUGGAAGAAAGGUUGUGGUGUCGACAAACAUUGCUGAGACUUCUCUAACAAUCGACGGUGUGGUGUUUGUCAUUGAUCCUGGAUUUGCCAAACAGAAGGUGUACAACCCUCGUAUCAGAGUGGAGUCUUUGCUGGUGACGGCCAUCAGUAAAGCCUCUGCCCAGCAGAGGGCAGGACGAGCUGGCAGAACACGCCCGGGGAAGUGUUUUCGUCUCUACACGGAGAAGGCCUACAAAACGGAGAUGCAGGACAACACAUACCCUGAGAUUCUUCGGUCCAAUUUAGGAUCUGUUGUGCUGCAGCUGAAAAAGCUGGGUAUUGAUGACCUUGUGCACUUUGACUUCAUGGAUCCACCCGCUCCUGAGACACUAAUGAGGGCUCUGGAGCUACUGAAUUAUCUGGCAGCUCUCAACGAUGACGGUGACCUGACCGAGCUGGGCUCCAUGAUGGCAGAAUUUCCUCUGGAUCCUCAGCUGGCAAAGAUGGUCAUUGCGAGCUGCGAGUUUAACUGCUCCAAUGAGAUCCUCUCCAUUACUGCCAUGCUGUCAGUCCCACAGUGCUUUGUCCGUCCCACGGAGGCUAAGAAGGCAGCAGACGAGUCCAAGAUGAGGUUUGCUCACAUUGACGGAGACCACUUGACGCUGCUCAAUGUCUACCAUGCCUUCAAACAAAACCAUGAAGCUAAUCAGUGGUGCUAUGACAACUUUGUCAACUACCGCUCACUGAUGUCUGCUGACAACGUGCGUCAGCAGCUGUCCAGGAUCAUGGACCGCUUCAACCUGCCUCGGCGGAGCACAGAGUUCACAAGUAGAGAUUACUACAUCAACAUCCGACGUGCUCUCUGCACCGGCUUCUUCAUGCAGGUGGCUCACUUGGAGCGCACAGGCCAUUACCUUACGGUCAAAGACAACCAGGUGGUCCAGCUGCACCCGUCUACAGUCCUGGACCACAAGCCCGAGUGGGUGCUCUACAAUGAAUUUGUCCUCACCACCAAGAACUACAUCCGCACUUGCACAGAUAUCAAACCCGAAUGGCUAGUGAAGAUUGCACCCCAGUACUAUGAUAUGAGCAACUUCCCACAAUGUGAAGCUAAAAGACAGCUGGAGCGGAUUAUUGCCAAACUAGACAGCAAAGAGUACUCUCAGUACUGAACAAUAGACAACAAGUGUCCUGGACAACAACUGCAUAUUAGAGUUUUAGAUUUUUCUGUGUCAUUGUUUAAAAGUUGGCAUUUUGAUUUUUUUUUUUUUUUUUUUUUUUUUUUUUUUUUCCCCACUCCUACCCCAUCAAAGUCAAUUCUGUAAGUAGAUGUAACGUCAAAUGAAAUACCAACAGCUAUGGUUAGUUCUGGCGACAGUGAUUUAUUUUUUUUUUUUUUUUUUUCCUUUUUUUCUUUUAAAGGAAUAUGAGAAACGUCAAUUUAGAUGUGCUUGAAUUUCCUUUAGGAGACUGUGGAGCCAUUACAAGGAUCUGUGCUUGCUUUUUUCUUUAAUAAAGGAACUUUGACUUCAUUUUUGUGCAAAGUUUAAUUGUUGGAAGUCUGUCAUUCCAAAAUGACUGUUGAGUUGAUUUAUUUUCCUUUUGUCUAAAUUUGAAACUAUGUUGUAAAUUAGUCAAUAUUUCCUCUUUUACGUAAAAAAAAAAAAAUUAUGUACACUUAAAAUGUUUAAUUCUCAGUAGUUUGUUACAUUUCAACUUGUCUUUGUAUUACCUGUAUUAACAUGGAGCUCAGCUUAUAAUAUCCAGUGUUCAUGUUCAGACAAAAUGGUUUUUUUUGUUAAAAAAUUUUAAAUACACAUACUGUCUUUUUUUUUUUGAAGGAUCCCUGCUUACAAUCAAGACUUGAUCCAACUGGUAGAUGGUGUAAAAAAAAAAAUAAAAAUAAAGUUUUGACA